UUUCACACUAUUUUAAAAAAACUAAAAUAUUGUGAUCCAAUUCUGUGAGUUGCAGAAUAAAGAAAUGGCAGCAGCAGCUUCUCCUCUUUGCUAUCAUCUCUUCUGCACUCACUCACACUCCCGCCAUUACAAUCACCACAGGCAAAUUUCUCCAUUUUCGCGCACAAAUCCUUACUUCAAUUCUUAUUUUCCCAAACGAAACCCUAAUUCCCCUUUUCGUUUUCGAGCUCUCCCCAAAUCCAAGGACCCCAAGUCCUCAACUCCUCCACUUUCUCCUUCUUCUUCUCCCUCUAAUUUUUUCUUUCUGCCACUUCUCCGCUUCAGAGAUGCAGUUAAAUUGGACGAUCUUGGUCGGGAGAUGUUGUCAAUUGCGUUGCCGGCGCUUUUGGCUUUAGCUGCUGAUCCCAUCACUUCUCUUGUCGACACUGCUUUUGUUGGUCAUUUGGGUUCAGUUGAAUUAGCAGCUGUUGGUGUGUCAGUAUCAGUGUUUAACUUGGUAUCAAAAUUGUUUAAUGUCCCGUUGCUCAAUGUGACAACUUCCUUUGUUGCUGAAGAGCAGGCAUUGGUCAGUGUGCAAAAUGAAAAUUCUAUUCAAGCUGGCCAAGAUUAUGGAGAAAGGAAAAAAGCCCUUCCUUCAGUGUCUUCAUCUUUAGUUCUUGCUGCUGGCCUUGGAUUGGCUGAAGCCGUGGCACUUUCAGUUGGAUCGGGAUCUCUAAUGAAUAUUAUGGGUAUAUCUGUUGAUUCACCAAUGCGCCAGCCAGCAGAGGAGUUCCUUACAAUGAGGGCUUUUGGUGCUCCUCCUAUUGUCAUUGCACUUGCUGCACAAGGAACUUUCCGAGGACUAAAAGAUACUAAAACACCUUUGUAUGCAAUUGGAGCCGGAAACCUACUCAAUGCAAUUCUAGACCCGAUCUUGAUAUUUUUCUUAGGCUUUGGAAUUGGUGGUGCUGCAAUAGCCACUGUGAUAUCUGAAUAUUUGAUAGCCUCUAUCCUACUCUGGAAGUUGAAUGGAGAAUUAUCUUUGACUUCUCCAAAUAUUGACGGUGGAAGAUUUAUCCAGUAUCUUAAAUCAGGAGGGCUUUUGAUUGGAAGGACCUUAUCAGUACUUGUUCCCUUGACAUUAGCUACAUCUAUGGCAGCGAGGGAAGGUCCCGUUCCAAUGGCUGGUUAUCAAAUUUGUGUGGAAAUUUGGAUGACGAUAUCAUUGUUGACUGAUGCUUUGGCACUUGCUGGACAGGCUCUUCUGGCUGGUGGUUACUCCCAGGGUAAUUAUGUGCAGGCACGCCAAGUUGUUUAUAGAGUGCUGCAGAUAGGCUUUAUAAUUGGAAUGGGUUUGGCUGUCGUGUUGUUUCUUGGUUUUGGAGUGCUUCUGAACUUGUUCACCUCAGAUGCAGAAGUCCUGAAAGUUGCCUGGUCUGGCAUCUGGUUUGUUGCUGGAUCACAGCCAAUCAAUGCAAUUGCAUUUGUUCUUGACGGGCUCUAUUACGGGGUUUCAGACUUUGAAUAUGCUGCCUACUCUAUGGUUGUAGCUGCAUUGAUUUCAUCGAUAUUUAUGCUAAUAGCUGCUCCUGUUUAUGGUCUCCCUGGGGUCUGGACAGGGUUAUUUCUUUUCAUGAGCUUGCGUGUAGUUGCUGGAUUUUGGAGGUUGGGCACAAAGAGCGGACCAUGGAUCAGGGUUUGGUCUAAUGCGGACUAGGAGAAUUGCAGGCGUGCUUCAGUCAUGUCCUGGUAUAAGGAGGUGCCAGCCUUUGUUAAUCAGACUCAGAUGACUACUGCCAUUGUAUUCGGCAGCUCUGGUCUAAUGCUGGCAUAAGCUCAGAAUCAGAUUAAUAUGGCUACUUCCGAGCCCUGUUAGAAGGAUUUCCGUCAACUGCAUAGGCUUCCGAGCGAUGUGAUAUGUUGCAGCGUUUUUGCUGGAGUUAACAACUUGACACAGUGCCAGCGUCCAUUGAUUAUGCAGUGUAAUUCGAUCAGUUACAACACACAGUUAUUGAGGUGCAUACAUCUAUCUUGAUUCUUGACUACUACCUGGAACUGCACAUAAUUGCUUUUCUCUUUUUACAUGUAAAUACUGACAGAAAAGUAUCAUGUUGAUAUGUUCAUUGCUUCCCUGCAGUUCUCCUAGAUGUACUCUGAUACCAGAAAUUUACUAUAAGUAUGACUUUAAACAUCAUAA